AUGGAUGAAAACCCGAGGAUCCAAAAGCUCCUUUGGUCCGAGUACCGGGAGCUCGCGUUGGACCCCGUCCUCUUGGAAUCCCCGUUCGCCGAAACGACGCGCGACGGCAGGGGCGUGCGCCAAGUAGCCCUGGGCCUGACUCGGUCGCGCCUCAUCGUCGCCACGGACGUCUUCCGCAACACCAGCAAAGUGUUCUAUUGCCACAAAAACGUGGACCCCAGUAUAGAGUGCCUCGAGCUCCUCUCGGUCUACCCCGUCGAGUUGGUCGCGCUCAGCGUCUUCCGCAGGAGGCACCGGCAGACGCUCAAAGCGAGGUUAAUCGAUGGCAGAGCCAGGUACUACGAGCUGGGGGGUUCGGGUGGCAGGUCCAGCCGCUGGAGCUCCUGGUGCGAGCACGUCCAGGAGCUCAUGGACCGCAGGCGCUUCGGUAGCUCGCUGUCCGAAACCUCAGCCGCAGCGAGUACCUCCACCUCCGGCACCACCCGUCCAAUCCCACGGACGAGGCUCGACACCGGCCACCAAUGGGCCCGUCCCAGGUGGACCCAGAGGGACCUGUACUUGGGCCCGCUGCACAGCGGCAACUACACGCCCGAGAAGCUCGCUCUGUCCCACAGGAGUCUGGAAGGGCUCAAGGACCAACUGAGGGAUCGUUCGCCGAAGGGGAGGCCAAAGAUCAGCUACCCGAAGAAGAUGGUUCGUAAGCUGUUUCGGUGCGGCCGCGGGGUGGACGAGAACUGCAUCUCCAGCCUCUGCCUCGAAGUCCGCGACGUCCACCGACUCGUCGACGACGGCGUGCUGGUGUGGGAGAUGGGCGGGACGAGGAGGGGUCAGCCGAAGAGGAGGCGCGAUAUCUCGACAGCCCCGCACUUCCUGGACGGCCUCGGGCCCUGGAGCGUCCAACCGGGUGAGCGUCGUCUGUUGUCGUUGAGCCGCCGGUCCCGCAGCUGCGUGGCCAUCCGACGCCAGCCCGUGGAGUUGAGACUGCCGAUCUCCCGCCGGCAGUUGCGCGACAGCGUGUCCCUGGCUGAACUGCCGAGACCUCGGUGUGGCGGCGGUGGAGCGGUGCUCUUCUGGACGCCGGACUACUGGUAUCGUCCCCGUGAUCGUGGGGAGUGUUACCGCGAGACUCGGGAGCACCUGGCUGGGCUGCGUCGCUUCCAGGAGCGGAGACCGGCUAGAUGCCGGUGCCGGGGGCCGGUGGCCGGGUUGCGUCGCCGGCUGAGGCUCGACCACCCGCGGCUGAGCAUCUGGGACCUGGAGAGCGUGGCGAUAGCUCGGCAGCUGGGCCUCGUCGACCGGGUGCUCUUCAUCCGCGUGGCUGUUGGCGAGUUGGAGGUGGCUGUCGAGCAGAGGACGUCGAGGGGCGCGCCGAAUGUCGCAGCCUGGGUGGCCUUUGGACACCGGGUGUCGUGUUUGGUGGCCAGUGGGGUCGUGGAUGCCGGGGGGGUGAGCGCCAGGGCGAGACUCGUGGCUAGGCUGGUCAAUGCCGCGAGCAGGUGUCUACGGGCCGGGAAUCGGCAGUCCGCGGCGUCGGUCCUCGCCGGGCUGCAGUCGCCCGCUGUUUACAGGCUGAGCAAGACGUGGGCGCAUCUGAGGGCUCACCACGCCACGAGGUACGCUCUGGCGGAGAAGUUGGGCGAAAGCUUCGGAAGCAGAGAGGCGCAGCGGACGAGGACAGAAAGCGACGCUUUGAUUAUUGUACCCUCGAUCGGUGACGUUUUGGCGAGAUACACUUGCACCGAUGCACAGGAUAUGACGAAGAAUCGUUUGUCGACGCGGGAUUGGCUGCUGGGGUGUCAGAGGCGGGCGAGGGGCUGCGAGUUUUCCGAUCACUCGCUGGCGCGGGAGUUUCUGCUCAAGGCGAGGUACCGCGAGGACAAGGAAAACUUUUACGUCAGCUUGCGCUUGGAGCUGAGCAAGACGUGGGCGCAUCUGAGGGCUCACCACGCCACGAGGUACGCUCUGGCGGAGAAGUUGGGCGAAAGCUUCGGAAGCAGAGAGGCGCAGCGGACGAGGACAGAAAGCGACGCUUUGAUUAUUGUACCCUCGAUCGGUGACGUUUUGGCGAGAUACACUUGCACCGAUGCACAGGAUAUGACGAAGAAUCGUUUGUCGACGCGGGAUUGGCUGCUGGGGUGUCAGAGGCGGGCGAGGGGCUGCGAGUUUUCCGAUCACUCGCUGGCGCGGGAGUUUCUGCUCAAGGCGAGGUACCGCGAGGACAAGGAAAACUUUUACGUCAGCUUGCGCUUGGAGUCAGGGAGCAAAUAAACCAAGUCGUGUUGAAUAAAAAUUGAUUUUUAUAUUUUUUUUUUUUUUAAUCGGUAGAUAUGAAAAAACACUGUUUGAACGCAAAAUUUUGGUUGUUUUUUUUUUUCCUGAAGACUAAUAUACGGUGUUGUUGUGAAUCGAAAGUAUGUACUUAUUGUGAGUUUUUCGUGGUGAAAUAAAUUCAUCUACAGUGAAACGAAAAAUCGAAACGAUUCACAUAAAUCGCAACGUCGUCGUGUUUGUCUAAAUUUAAUGAUGCAAGUAUAUCAUCAGCUAAAAAUAAUCAACAGUUAAUAAUAACGCGAUGACGAACGAAA